AUGGAAAGGGAACAAAGAAGCCAUCUUUUCUCCAAAUGCUUCAAUGCAUUUAAAAAAAAUAUGUUACCAAACUUUCACAUAGCAAGAUGUGAUGCCCCCAAAAUGUGGAGAACUUCAAUGGGAGGUACCGACCCCGCAACACCCCAAGCUGAAUCCUGUAUUAACUUUCACAACCAUACUGUAACAUAUAUGGUUUUUAUUAUGUUUACUGUUCUUUUAUCAUUAAAAAGAUAG